GGGCGGGCGGGUUUUCCGAUGGUGCAUCAAUACCGCGUUGACAGUGAUUUGUGCGGGGUGUAAGAGGCCAGCGCUGCUCUGAAACUCGAGCCCCCGAAUGAAUAAAUCAUGAGCCCUCUCUCAGUAACCUGACAACUCGGUCCAGCCCUCUCAGCGCUCAGAUCUGGCCCAUGCUGGGCAUGCGGGGAGGGACUCCCAUUGUCCAGAGGAUUUAAGGGCAGGGUCUGCCUGCCUGCCUGUCUGCAGGGCAGGCACUUUGCGGGAGAGCAGGAAGCCUUCUGCGUGGCGUGGGACCAUGGAGGGCAAUGCACACCUCCUCCAGGUCAUCCGCAAGAUGCGUUCCCAAAUCAACAAGCUGGAGAGGGAAAACAGGGCCCUAAAGGGAGAGCUGCAGGUCUGCGGGAAGAGAGCUGUGCCACCGGAGAGAGAGGCAGCGAGAGGAGGUGGGAAGAGUGAUGUGAGGAGCCUCGCCAGGGAUGAAGAAGGACCUGCUGGCUCUCCAGCAUCUCUGCAGGGAGCCGUCCCAGCCAGUCCUGCUCCAGCGCCAAAGGAGCAGACAGAUACUGCCAUGACUGUGAGACGCUACCCCCCCACCUCACCAGCUCCUGCUCCUUCCAGUGCCAGGUCCCACAGGGCCAGCAGGAAGCCUUCAAGCAAUGGGCUCCCAGAGGUGCCAGGCAGUGCCUGGCCACCAGCCUCUCCUGCUGCAGCACAGCUCAUCAGGGAAGAGGAGAAAGGGCUUGAAAAAUCACCGUCCAGCUGCCCCUCCUACAGCCACUCCAGCAACAUGAAGCUGUUUCAGGAGCACGUCUAUAGGUGCAGGGGUAAAGUCAAGGCUGUCACUUUCCUCUUACCAAUGGAUAUGUCACCAUGUGCUGAAAAGCAAAGUUCCCUCAAAAGCCCGGAAAAUCAGAGCACAAAACCUCUGAUGACCAUCGCUGAAAACGAUAUGUGAGCCAGUGAAUUUUUAAAGGGCUAUUGAUUCCCUGAGAUAAACUGGCCUUAAAUGACAGCUGUGUGUCAGGUUCCUCUAUUGCAAAACGCUUUGGCAGGACGCCCACAGAGCAUCGCCCAGCCUGUGUUUCAGGUCACAGCCCGACAUUCAGCAUGGAAAUGGAAGCCGUGGCAAAGUCGGCUGGAAGCCCAUACACUGUGAUGAAGCCACACAAAGCAAAGGUACCUCCACACAGUGCUUCUGAGCAACACAUUUCAAGGACCCCUUACCUCAGGACUGAUGUAAACAGGCUGUUGAAGCUGGUUUUGAUGUGUUUGCCGCAAAAAUCAUAAUCUUUGUCACUGCUUGUGUUUGCUGGUUCCGUGGACAGGAAAGUAUUUGAUGCAAAUGACAAAGUAAGAGCUACUAAGCAGCCUGUGAGGUAUUCUCUGUAGGUAUAACUUUCAAACUUCACAGUACUAAUAAGCAAAUUUAAGAAAGCAUUAGAGAGUCAGUUAAUGUCACCCUGAAUUUCUGCAAACCUUGGCAAUGACUGUUCAUGUUCAUUUGAGGUUCACCUCUAAGGGAGCACAGGGGAGCAUUAAGUACCUAUCAGUAUGAAAAUGUGACUACAAAUCUCUUUCUGGCUUGGUGUGUUUACCCAGAUGGAGACUAAAGGCUGUACACCAAGCCAAAAUAGGAAGAAUUGUGAGUAUCAGAAUUUUUCGGGAAUGCCUUCUCAGCACAGCUCGGAUCAAAAAUCACUAGCAGAAAUUCAGGAAACAGGUGCAAAAUAUAUGUGACAGAGAACUAGAGAUAGCUUGUAAAAAAUGAACAGUGCUUGUUAGUUUUAGUCAUAUGAGUAAAGAUAGUGUCCCAUUUUAUUUUGAUUACAAGUAUUUAUGGAAUCAAAAUACUGCACAUUGCUAUUUCUUUAUGUACAGAGGGAACUGAUGAUUGAAUUUUGUAUAGAGAACGCAUGAAGAGUAGAUGUUUGUACUGAUAACUUUAUGGAAGAUUUUCAUCUCAUUGUCUGAUCUUAAACUCUUCAGUUUCCUAAAGUGAAAGCAGAGACCUGGUGGGAAAAAAAUCCCUUCUAGAUUUUCCAUGAAGUUGUAUAUUUGUAUAAAAACCUGUGUUCCUUUUUUUCAUUUUGAAAUUCAUCAUGUUUUGUAUAUUCAAGUACACUUUUAAUAUAUUCUCACCACUGAAGUAGU